AUGGGGAGUUUAUUGGCUAACACCGGGCAGCUUGAAAAACUAACUGUCGAAAUACAUCCCAAGAACGCCAAUGAUAUGAAGGACUGUAAAGAAUACGAACCUACAUUCAUUCAAAAGCUCAUACGACGAUGUAAACAUCUCAAGUAUAAAAUUGAUGUGAAGUAUCCGGAUGAAAACGUUCCGUCCAGCAGUAUGCAGUGUGCCGAGGAGGAGCGUGGCCGUAAAGGCGUGGUCGAAGAGCCUAUCAAUGAAAAGCUUCACCCCGAUGAAUGGAUCGCCAAGCUCAGGCCCCUGCAGAAUUUCGUUGCCAACGUUCUAAAUCCUCGCCCUGUAGUGAAGAUAGCUUUACUAGACGAUGGUGCUAAGCUGAAUCAUCUCGACGGCAAGCAGAAGGGCAUGAGUUUCCGCCCUGACAAUGUCCAAUGGUGGGUAGGCCCAUGCUCACAUGGAACGGAGAUGGCACACUGCAUCCGGAAAAUCUGUCCCGGAGCCGAGCUGUACAUUGCUCGGCUAGAUGACUCCAGGAAAAACGAGCCAGAGAAAUUCACGAUAAAGUCUGCCUUGGAGGCCCUAAAAUGGGCGCUGGCGUGGGAUGUUGAUAUUAUAUCGAUAAGUUGGUCAUUUAAAAAGGCUGUUGAGGGCGAGAAAGACGAGUAUGAGAAAGAGUUUACCAAGCUUGUAGAAAGUCUCUUGGGCUCUAAAGAAAGUCAUGUUUGGUUCUCUUCCCGAUAA